AUGGUUAGUAGGGGCAUAAUAACUCCUCGCAAUGAAGAUGUCGACAAGCUCAAUGGGAGAAUCAUUCAGAGAUUUUUGGGAGAAUCAAGAGUGUACCACUCAUUUGAUAAAGUUGAAAAUGAUACCCAAAAUUUGUAUCAACAAGAGUUUUUAAAUUCCAUUUCACCAGGAGGAAUGCCCCCACAUGCAUUGCAUUUGAAAGUUGGAGCCCGAAUUAUGCUUUUGAGGAAUCUUGAUCCUUCUUUUGGAGGAAUACUUGAAAAACUAAAGCUACUUCAGCUUUGGGGGAAUUAUCAAGAGGAGUCAAAUAUGGUUGUAGCUAAGAAAGUUACAAAUCAGGUCAAACAGUUCUCCAUAUACAAUCUUGGAUGGAAGGUCUCUAUUAAAGUUGAUAAAAAACAAUUGGGAAAAUUAAUUGUCCGAGAGCUUUUAAGGCAACGACAACAUCGAAAUCCUAUCAUAUCUGAUAGAGCAAGUAUAUACAGCAAAGAAAAUAUGGACAUAUAUGUGUUUAAUGUUGUCAUAGAUCUAUGGCAAAAAUUGCAUCAAAACAAUUUGAAGAGAUCAUUGAACGUGACAUUUGAUAUGGACGAUGUCAAUCUAUGUCAAUAUGUAAGUUUUUAA